AUGGAGCUGAAGACAAUUUUCAUGGCAUUUGUCAUAAUCACCACUUUGGUAUCAUUUUCAUACCCAAGUUUUGGCCAAGAAUAUGUUGAUGAAGAACCAUUGGUCAAUCCCGGUCCUGAGAUGGAUGCAGUUAAAUCGAUAUCACCGGCUUCACAAGAUUACAAUCUUUACAUGCUCAAGAACCUCACACCAAAAGUUACAACAUUUCUAGAAAAUUGCAUGGAUAAGAUGGGACCUAGUUUUAAGAAAUGUAAUGAAGAUGUUAUUGAAGAGAUUCUUACGAAAAACCCUAUUUCUAGAGAGUGUUGUAUGAAGGUAGUACAAUCUGGAAAAGAAUGCUACAUGGAGGUUAUAAAAUUGAUGUUUCGAUUUUAUCAACUCAAACGCUUUGCUUCUCAAGUUUCUUUUAGAACUAACGAGGUUUGGGAUAGAUGUUCUGCUGAAGUCGAAAGUCCAUCUUCAUCACACUAUGGCAAGAUUGUAUUAUCUUGA